AUGAGUGAAAGGAGAAGAUCUGCAGUCGCCCUGAGCUCGCGAGCACAUGCCUUCUCCGUUGAAGCCUUGAUCGGCUCAAAUAAAAAGCGGAAACUGCGAGACUGGGAGGAGAAGGGGCUGGACCUGUCCAUGGAGGCGCUGAGCCCCGCGGGCCCACUCGGAGACACCGAGGACGCGGCCGCGCACUGCCUGGAGCCCCACCCGGAUUCUGAGCAGAGCACUGGUUCGGACUCUGAGGUGCUCACUGAGCGGACUUCCUGCUCCUUCGACACUCACCGGGACCUGACCUCUGGUGCCGCAGGCCCUGUGCCUGCCACCAUGUCCUCCAUGGAGGAGAUUCAGGUGGAGCUGCAAUGUGCUGACCUUUGGAAGAGGUUCCAUGAUAUUGGAACUGAAAUGAUCAUCACCAAAGCAGGCAGGAGAAUGUUUCCUGCCAUGAGAGUGAAAAUCACCGGCCUGGAUCCACACCAGCAGUACUACAUAGCGAUGGACAUUGUGCCAGUGGACAAUAAAAGAUACAGAUAUGUGUAUCACAGCUCCAAGUGGAUGGUGGCAGGCAAUGCUGAUUCCCCUGUGCCCCCAAGAGUUUAUAUCCACCCUGAUUCUCUAGCUUCUGGAGACACCUGGAUGAGACAGGUGGUCAGUUUUGACAAACUCAAGCUGACCAACAAUGAAUUGGAUGAUCAAGGACACAUAAUUCUGCACUCUAUGCACAAAUACCAGCCUCGAGUUCACGUGAUUCGCAAGGACUUCAGCAGCGACCUUUCGCCCACCAAGCCUGUCCCCGCUGGGGACGGGGUGAAAACUUUCAACUUUCCUGAGACUGUGUUCACCACAGUCACGGCCUAUCAGAAUCAGCAGAUCACCAGAUUAAAAAUUGACCGAAACCCUUUUGCUAAAGGAUUCAGAGAUUCUGGGAGGAACAGAACUGGACUGGAAGCCAUCAUGGAGACUUAUGCGUUUUGGAGACCCCCUGUGCGCACACUCACCUUUGAGGAUUUCACCACCAUGCAAAAGCAGCAAGGAGGCAGCACAGGUACUUCCCCAACCACCUCCAGCACUGGGACACCAUCUCCUUCAGCUUCUUCUCAUCUUUUAUCUCCAUCCUGUUCUCCUCCAACCUUUCAUUUGGCCCCCAACACUUUCAACGUGGGCUGCCGAGAGAGCCAGCUAUGUAAUCUAAACCUCUCUGAUUAUCCACCCUGUGCCCGAAGCAAUAUGGCUGCCUUGCAGAGCUACCCAGGGCUGAGUGACAGUGGCUACAAUAGGCUUCAGAGUGGCACUGCUUCAGCCACUCAGCCCUCAGAAACCUUCAUGCCUCAGAGGACUCCAUCCCUGAUCUCAGGAAUACCAACUCCUCCCUCGUUGCCUAGCAACAGCAAGAUGGAAGCCUAUGGUGGCCAGCUGGGGUCCUUCCCCACUUCCCAGUUUCAGUAUGUCAUGCAGGCAGGCAAUGCAGCCUCCAGCUCCUCAUCACCACACAUGUUUGGGGGCAGCCACAUGCAGCAGAGCUCCUACAAUGCCUUCUCCCUCCACAACCCCUACAACCUGUAUGGAUACAAUUUCCCCACUUCCCCUAGGCUAGCUGCAAGCCCAGAAAAACUGAGCACCUCUCAAAGCACUUUACUCUGUUCUUCUCCUUCCAACGGGGCCUUUGGAGAGAGGCAGUACCUGCCCACAGGGAUGGAGCACAGCAUGCACAUGAUUAGCCCUUCACCCAAUAAUCAGCAGGCAACCAACACCUGUGAUGGCCGGCAGUAUGGGGCGGUCCCAGGCUCCUCUUCCCAGAUGUCCGUGCACAUGGUUUAAUGGCUAAUCAGACACCACGGAGCCCAUGGCAGCCAAGGCCCCAGAGUCUCCUUGGGUGGACCCUCUGUUUUGGGAGCCCUUUGAAAAAGAGGAACUGUGCUUUUUUUUUUUUUUUUU